AAAACCGGGAAGGGGACUCGACUAGGGGCCGGAGACCGACGGAGCCAGCGGCCCGGACCCGCGCUGCUCCAACCCCUCCCGAGCAGGCGCCCAAUGGCCCAGUCCCGCUGACUACCCGGCCAUGCUCCCGCGGCCCCUGAGGCUGCUCUGGGACACGAGCCCCCCCGGGGGAGUGGUGCUGAGCAGCUUCCGGAGCCGAGACCCUGAAGAGGGUGGGGGCCCAAGUGGCCGGAGCGUGGGCGUGGGGCAGGAGGAAGAGGAGGAGGAGGGAGAAGACGAGGAGCAGGAUUUGGGGCUUCAGGAGGGACCAGAAGUUGGAUUUGGGGCCCCGAGAUUCUGGACUCUUUGGUCCAGAGACUGGGCCCCUGUGUCUGUCUGGGAUGAGGAGGAGGAUGGUGCCACCUUUACUGUCACAAGCCGCCAAUAUCAGCCUCUUGAUCCCUUGGCCCCGACACCUCCCCCACGUUUGUCCCGGAGGCUCCGAGCCGGCACUCUGGAGGCUCUGGUCAGACACCUGCUGGAUGUCCGGACAUCAGGGGCUGAUGUGACCUUCACAGCAACCUUCCUGGCCACCCACCGGGCCUUCACCUCCACUCCUGCUCUGCUUGGGCUUAUGGUUGACAGGCUGGAAACCCUUGAAUCUCAUCCUACCGAUGAACUAGAGAGGACAAAAGGGGUAGCUAUCUCUGUGCUGUCAACCUGGCUGGCCUCUCACCCUGAGGAUUUUGGCUCUGAGGUUAAGGGUCAGCUUGACCGGCUUGAGAGCUUCUUACUUCGGACAGGGUAUGCAGCAGGGGAGGGUGUUGAGGGGGGCAGAGCUGACUUCAUCUGCAACCUCCGGUCCCGGGUGGACCCCCAGACCCCCGACCUUCCUAAGCCCCUGGCCCUCCCCGGCGAUUCCCCUGCUGACCCCACGGAUGUCCUGGUGUUCCUCGCUGACCACUUGGCCGAACAGCUGACCCUGCUAGAUGCGGAGCUGUUUCUCAAUCUGGUUCCUUCUCAGUGCCUGGGGGGCCUGUGGGGUCACAGAGACCGGCCAGGACAUUCCCACCUCUGCCCAUCUGUGCGAGCUACUGUCACACAGUUCAACAAGGUGGCAGGGGCAGUGGUCAGCUCUGUCCUGGGGGCUACCUCAACUGGAGAGGAGCCUGGGGAGGUGACCAUACGGCCACUCCGUCCACCCCAGAGGGCCCGGCUUCUGGAGAAGUGGAUCCGAGUGGCAGAGGAGUGCCGUCUACUCCGAAACUUCUCUUCAGUUUAUGCUGUGGUGUCGGCCCUGCAAUCCAGCCCCAUCCACAGGCUUCGGGCAGCCUGGGGGGAAGCAGCCAGGGACAGCCUCAGGGUCUUCUCCAACCUCUGCCAGAUUUUCUCUGAGGAGGAUAAUUAUUCCCAGAGCCGAGAGCUGCUCCUUCAGGAGGUGAAGGCACAGCCCUCUCUGGAGCCAAAUUCCAAGAAGGCUCCAAAGUCUGGCUCCCGGGGUGGGGGUGUGGUCCCAUACCUUGGCACCUUCUUGAAGGACCUGGUGAUGCUGGAUGCAGCAUCCAAGAAUGAGCUGGAGAAUGGAUACAUCAAUUUUGACAAGCGGAGGAAGGAGUUUGCUGUCCUCUCUGAGUUGCGGAGGCUCCAGAACGAAUGUCGUGGCUAUGACCUCCGGCCUGACCCUGACAUCCAGCAAUGGUUACAGGGGCUCCGGCCACUGACAGAGGUCCAGAGCCAUCGAGUGUCCUGUGAGGUGGAGCCACCGGGGACCAGUGACUCUCCUGCCCCUCGAGUGCUUCGGCCAACACUGGUCAUCUCACAGUGGACAGAGGUUCUAGGCUCUGUUGGGGGUCCCACCCCGCUUGUCUCCUGGGAUCGGCCUAGUGUUGGGGGAGAUGAGGUGCCUGGAACCCCUGCUCCUCUAUUGACCCGGCUGGCCCAGCACAUGAAAUGGCCGUCUGUGUCAUCUCUGGACUCCGCCUUGGAGGGCACUCCAUCCCUGCCCAGUCCAGCUGGCCCCAGCUGCCUUUCCCCACCAGCAUCCUCCCCUAGGCCUUCUCGAGGUCAUCGCCGCUCAGCCUCCUGUGGUUCCCCGCUUAGUGGGGGUGCGGAAGGGGCCUCCAGGGGGACUGCAUCCGGGGGAGGGGGCUCUGGGCCAGGGGCUUCCGAUUGUCGCAUCAUCAGAGUCCAGAUGGAGCUGGGGGAAGAUGGCAGUGUCUACAAGAGCAUCUUGGUGACAAGCCAGGACAAGGCUCCAAGUGUCAUCAGUUGUGUCCUUAAGAAAAACAAUCGUGAUUCUGCAGUGGCUUCAGAGUAUGAGCUAGUGCAGCUGCUACCAGGGGAGCGAGAGCUGACAAUUCCACCCUCGGCCAAUGUCUUCUAUGCCAUGGACAGAGCCUCGCAUGAUUUCCUUCUGCGGCAGCGACGAAGGCCCUCUACUGUGACACCAGGCCUCACCAGUGGCCCCUCUGCCUCAGGAACUCCCCCUAGCGAGGGAGGAGGGGGUUCCUUUCCUAGGAUCAAGGCUACAGGGAGGAAGAUUGCCCGGGCACUGUUCUGAGGAGGAAGCUCUUUUGGCUCACAGAACUCUCGGUGACCGUAUCAGAUGUGGGAAGCCAUGCUGAAUGGCAGCAGUUACGUUGCAUUGGGAAGAAACCCAGAAAGGUUGCCAACCAUUCUGGGGCAGUGAAGUGCCACUGGUUUCUCAGGCAGCCAAGAGAUCCUGCCCUUUGGGAACUGGUAAUCUUGGUAACCAAGUUGGAUAUCCAUGUAUAGCUCCCCACUUUCUGUGAAUGCAGCACAUUGUUAGUGCUGGGAAAAGGGGUGUGAUUCCUGGCCAUGUCCUAGCAUGCCAAGGACCAAGAAGACUAUGAGUACAGGGAGAAGAAAGAUCUAGAGGCUCUGAGCUCCAGGGAGAGAGGAUGGCAAGAAGCAGAUUCUAGUAGGAGUUUGUUUUCCUACUCUGGGGGUUCCUGUCACUGUGACACUAAAAUAAACCAAAAACACUACCUGAAUUCUACUCCUGUC